UAAGAUGGCGGCGGUUGGCGCUAGCGGCCCUCAGCAGCAACAGCAGCAGCCGCCGCAGCCCCAAGCGCAGCCCCCGGCCCAGACGCAGUCCCAGCAGCAGCAACCGCCGCCCCAGUACACGGACGCUUGGUACCUGGCGCUGCUGGGCUUCGCCGAGAACUUCCGCACGGCCAGCCCGCCCAAGAUCAAGCUGUGUGUGCACUGCCUGCAGGCCGUCUUCCAUUUCAAACCGACGCAGCGCAUCGAGGCCCGCACCCAUCUCCAGCUCGGCAGCGUCCUCUAUCACCACACGAAGAACACCGAGCAGGCCCGCUCCCAUCUGGAAAAGGCGUGGUUAAUAUCCCAACAAAUUCCACAGUUUGAAGAUAUCAAAUUUGAAGCUGCCAGUCUUUUGUCAGAGUUAUAUUGCCACCAGAAUCUGGUUGAUUCAGCAAAGCCACUUUUACGGAAGGCGAUACAGAUUUCCCAGCAGACGCCUUACUGGCAUUGUCGACUGCUUUUUCAGCUUGCACAACUGCACACACUAGAAAAAGAUUUGGUUUCAGCAUGUGACCUCCUAGGAGUUGGAGCUGAGUAUGCAAGAGUAGUAGGAUCAGAAUAUACAAGAGCACUCUUCCUCUUAAGUAAAGGCAUGCUAUUGUUGAUGGAACGGAAGCUGCAGGAGGUUCACCCUCUUCUGACUCUGUGCGGCCAGAUUGUGGAGAACUGGCAAGGUAACCCUAUUCAGAAGGAGUCACUGCGUGUCUUUUUCCUGGUGCUACAGGUCACACACUAUCUGGAUGCAGGACAGGUAAAAAGCGUGAAGCCCUGUCUGAAACAGCUGCAGCAAUGUAUUCAAACCAUCUCAACGCUGCAUGAUGACGAGAUUCUGCCUACUAACCCUGCAGACCUCUUUCACUGGCUACCAAAGGAGCAUAUGUGUGUGUUGGUUUACCUGGUGACGGUGAUGCACUCCAUGCAAGCUGGAUACCUAGAGAAAGCUCAGAAGUACACAGAUAAAGCACUCAUGCAGUUAGAAAAAUUAAAAAUGCUGGACUGCAGCCCAAUACUCUCUUCAUUUCAAGUCAUGUUGCUGGAGCAUAUUAUCAUGUGUCGACUUGUAACAGGCCACAAAGCAACAGCUCUCCAAGAGAUUUCUCAGGUCUGUCAAUUGUGUCAGCAGUCUCCCAGGUUAUUUUCAAACCAUGCUGCCCAGCUUCACACGUUACUGGGUUUGUACUGCAUCUCUGUAAACUGCAUGGACAAUGCAGAAGCACAGUUCACAACAGCACUUAGGUUGACUACACAUCAGGAAUUAUGGGCGUUCAUAGUCACAAACCUGGCCAGCGUCUACAUUAGGGAAGGCAACAGACAUCAGGAGUUGUACAAUCUAUUGGAAAGGAUAAAUCCAGAUCACAACUUCCCAGUCAGUUCUCACUGUCUCCGAGCAGCUGCAUUCUACAUCCGAGGCCUCCUGUCCUUCUUUCAGGGAAGGUACAAUGAAGCAAAGCGAUUUCUACGAGAGACUCUGAAAAUGUCAAAUGCAGAGGAUUUGAAUCGAUUAACAGCCUGCUCCUUAGUGUUACUGGGUCACAUAUUCUAUGCACUAGGAAACCACAGAGAAAGUAAUAACAUGGUGGUGCCAGCCAUGCAGCUGGCAAGCAAGAUCCCAGACAUGUCAGUGCAGCUGUGGUCUUCAGCCUUACUCCGAGAUCUGAACAAAGCUUGCGGGAACAGUAUAGAAGCUCAUGAAGCAGCUCAGAUGCAUCAGAAUUUUUCUCAACAGCUUCUCAAUGACCACAUAGAGGCCUGUAGUCUUCCCGAACACAACCUGAUCAACUGGACGGAUGGACCUCUUCCUGUACAGUUUCAAGCUCAGAAUGGACCCACCACUAGCCUCGCCAGCCUGCUAUGAACAGAACUGAAUAUGUCAAGCAGUGACACCUCAGUGUAGCUCAAACCAACUGAGAAGGGGUUUUGAAAUCAGCAUCCCAUUCAUUGUUGGUCAGGUCAGGCAGGAGACAGAACAAGAGAGUGUAUCUGUGAGCAGCACUGUGGAUACUUUUCAGCCUUUAACCUGCUUUACUCUGGGUGUUGAGGAGUUUGAUGCAAAGGAAAGUUUGGGCUGCAGGAUGUCAGCUGGGAUUAUCCUGCUGUCCUUAUGCCAAUCCCUUUCAUUGAAAAAUAUGUUCGUAAUUUGCUGAAUUCUGUAUUCUCAACUAUCCUGUUUCUCCAGUGAUUUGAAAAGUUUCCUUUUGGGGAGAGUUUCCUUUUGAAGAGGAGACUUUGCUCCUUCUCCUGUUGUAUGUUCUAUGUCCCCCCUAUCCUUAUCCUCAUUAUCAUGUCAUUAAAUGCUAACCCCUACUAUUAUCCCUAGUGAUGCAGGUUGCCCUGGAUAUGGAAGGGGCACUUCAAAACUGCUCAGAUUCUGAAUGAAUUAAGUGGUAUCUUGUGGGUGAGGGGAGGUGUCGAUUUUGUACAUUUAUAAAUAUAAGUUCAGUGGCUUGGUGCUAUUUAUGGCAUUAGCAGUGUUCAGUGGUAACUUUUACGAAAUGGCUGAGCCUACAGUCUAAGUGGGUUAUAGGAUCAUGGAAUCCAGAGUUGACUACGUCCAUCUAUAAAGUAGUGGCUGUGGAAACGUACUACAGCAUCCCAAUGAUAGUGGUUUGGUUAAACUGGCUUGCUUUCUUCCUGCCCAAAGGUUCACCUGGAUGUCUUUCCUCAGCUUUGAAGCUGUUUCACCAGGCGUCUCAGUUGUGGCAAACAAAUAGCUCAUCGUUCUCACCCAGUCUGACCCUCACAAGGAGGAAUGGCUUGGCUUCUCCCACUGCUCCUCUUCCCGUUUUCAUAAUUCAAACUCUCCGAGCAUGCACAUCAUACAGUGCAAGAGGAGACUUUGAAUCUCAGUGCUGUAAAUUCUCCUUUUAUUUUGUUGUUUUUGUUUUUAUUUUUAGUUUGUGUCCAAAGACAAGUCCUUUAGUUCUCAGAUUGAUUUUUUAAAAAAACAUUAAGGGCAAGGGUCUUGGCCACCUCAAUCAUGUAGUGAGAAAAUUCCCACAAAGCUAAUCCUCUGCCCACAUUCCCUGUUCCCACUCCUCCUCUUCCCCACUGGCUUCAUCUUUCCCAAGUGUAGUCAGUGAAACAUGCCCUGACACACACUACCAGCACCUGUGGCCAUUUAAGGAAGGGUGUAACAUGGAAUAAUGGGAACCAUCUAAUGCAAAAAUGUCAACCAACAAAAAUAUGAUUUUAGCAUGGACCGACAGUGUUCUUAAACAAAAGUUGGCAUCUGCUGAUAGAUGUUGCAGUGCCGAGUUAUAGGGCAGUAGUAUUUCUGUUUUAAUCCAAGUCACCAAUGGCUUGUCUAAAGCAGCAACUAGUGCAUCAUAAAUGGCUUAAAUAUCACUGAAGGAGGAAGAAACAAAAAUCAGUUCCUGAUAUCUCUUCAUUGAUCCCAGUUGGAGUGUGUAUACGUGAUUACACUCAACAUUGAUUCAACUGCUUUAUGAUCAGUCAUAACUUAAUCUUAGAACGAUCCUUCUUGUGUGGCCCUGAGUCGAAUUCCACUCUGAAUGCUGAUCUUAGUAAAUCCAUAUCCAUUCGAGUGAGAGGAGAUGACCCAGAACAGACAGGGCUCCUGUUCUGGAUCUAAAUUCACCAGGAAGUGCAUGCAUGAGAGCCUACAUCAGUGCAUUCGCCCUGAGAUCAUAUCACAGGCAAGCAAAUCUUCUGACACAUGAAGAAUGCCCAUUUGGAGAAAGAUAUUGUUUGAUUGGUCAUUGCAUACAUCAGGAAAAUUGGGAAGAAAGUUGGUUAAAUACAGUAAGUAAGAAAAUUGAAUUCCUGACAACUGUUCCCUUUAAAUGGGCAAAUAGGAAUGAGCAUUGAAGGUGGAAGUUAACUCAUGCUUUUGGGAUUCCAUAUGGUGUGCGAUCCUCUCAUCCUGAUAUAGUAGCUGUGAUGAUGGCGGAGAUAGUUCUAAGUGGACCUGUGAAAGGGUCACUGUGGCUGAAAGAGGCCACAUAGUAUCAGUGUGUACAGGCUGAAGUAGUUGGAAAGAGCAGGUGAUUAGGCAGAAACUGAGGCAAGAUAUUAAAACAAUUAAGCAAAACUUAAGCUCUUCCUCUUGACAUUUGGUUGUACAGAACUUGAUUAUUGCUGGAAAAAUGCAGUUUCUCAAACUUUUUUGUCUUGCGGUAAUCAGAAUAAUUAGCAAGAGCAUCAAUUCAUGCAGUAUAAACAUCGAUUUUCCCCCCUGAAUUGAUAUUCUUGUGAAUUGUCCUGAUGAUGCAAGACAAAAAUCUUUUUUUUCAGUAGUCUUCCUCUUGCUUUGAUUGGUUUUGUUUAUUUUAGCAUAUCCAAAGCCUCAGCGUUUUCUGGAUGAGCACAAUGUUUUUUAAGGUCUAUGUGUUCUUAGAAAUUUAGUAAAUCCAUAUCAAGUAGCAUUAGUGAAACAACAAAAAAGGACCCUAUGUUUAAGUUCUUGGAGGGCAUCAUUUAGAAAUUAUUCCCUUUUUUAAACCAAUGACUGGCAUGGAAAUGCCAAACUCCCCUGUGUGACCAGACUAGUGCCUCCUUGGUCCAUGAGGUCCAAUAGUUUCUUCAAAUGUAAGUCAGAUUUCUAAAGGGAAUUUAUAAUUCUCAACUGUCCUGGGCAUCAAAUUCUUCUGCCAAACUUGUAACCACUGUACUCUCUCUGCCUGACCAGUGAACUUAACCUGCAGUCUUGCAUUCUGAUUGGCUACUGUCAAAGACUGUAAAUUUAAGGGUUGUGUUGUUAACGCUAACAAUAUUUUGUACAGCUUGUGUUUCUUUUAAGAAAUUAUUGUAUAUAUUUUAUUCAGUGAGGUAAUUGAUUGAGCUAAUCCCCUACUCCUGACCUUUUGGCCUUUGUAAUUUAUAAAUUAGCAACUUUCUUCUUUGCAUUAGGUUCUUGUAGACGUAUAACAACAUUGUAACAUGCACAUGUAUACGUACAUAUGUACAAUAUAUUGAACUGUCCUAUAGUUCAACUGGCCAAUAAUCAUUUUGGUUUUUUGCCUGGUAACAUUUAUCAACCUUGACAGAAAUCUGGGCAAUAAUUUUAUUGGAUGCUGCAGAACAACUUAAGGCUGUUUUUUUUUUAAAAAAAAGUAUUUCAACUUCCCUCCUCCUGAGGAGAUCUGACUUUCAUUGACAGACCACUUUCGGGAGCACUGAACACUUCAUUGCUUUCUUCACUUCUGACUCUAGUUUGCAAAUCCCAAAAGACCACUCAUUUUUGAUCAAAGUCCAUGCUAAAGUAUGACCUACCCUUGGUCACCUUUAUUGGCUGGCCACCUGUCUUUCCUCCAUGUUCUGGGUGUACGAGGGAAGGCUUCUACCAGGUAACCUUUCUUAACCAGUGUUUUCAGAUCCACAUCCAAAGAUAAAUUGAUGGCCAGGAGAAUUAUAUAAUUGUAUCUGUUUUCUGCAUCUUCCAAGCAUUGCCCUGUGCCCAAGAGUCCAAAUGCAGCAAUCAGUCACCCAGAGGACAAAGGACCUGCAUCUCAGUCAACUGCCAGGGUGGAAGUGGUGUGGUUGUAAUCUAUCUUGAUAUCUUGAAGUACCCAACAGUGAAUGCACGAUUCAUCAAGACUCCCCCACCUCUAAUCAUUGCUCCCAACAGAUUAGGCGGACUGAUCUUGAUUGCAGCAGUAACAGUUAUCCCUGCUCUGGUCACCCACCACCUUUGAAAAUAAUAUCAGUUGAUCUAUAGCACUUUUUCAAAAGCAACACGGAGACACCGCUAACAGCAGGUGAGCUGCCUAAAAGCACUGGGGACCCAGAUUUUGUGCAUUCUUUGUUUUGAAGUGAUGCACGUGUGUUAUUGGACCCACAUGGCCAGCGGCAAAGGGGCAACCAUUUGAACUUGGUAUCUGUAGAAAGUUGUGCCAGGCUGGUCAGAAUGGGGGGGAUGCCAUCACUGAGGAGGUAUUUUGGCUUUGUAUUAUACUCAGUGCCACAGGGUCACUAAUAUGCUGAUUGUGCAUCAAUUGUUAAAACUGAUUUUACUCUGGACUAUUUUGUAUCCUGGUAUCAUUUCAAUAUUUGAUCAGUGGAUCUUGUAACUGUAACAAAUUGGCCAUUUUUGUUUAAACACUUCUCACCCCUCGCUCCCCUUUUUUAAAAAAAGGCCGAGGUUGUAAACAUGAAGUUUUUAAAAGAUUUACGUAUAAGCUAUUCUUUAUACCACACAUAUAAGGAUAUAAGCUGAGAGCAACACAAAUAACAUUACUUCUAAGUAGUUAUACUAGUUACUGAUAAGCCAACUAUUGCUUUUGAACACCAGUAACUUGUCUAACUUGAUGGCAGUUUUUGCAUAAUUUGAACAGUGUGUUUCUGAGAUUCUAUACGUAUUGUGCUUCCAAGAGAUGUCUUGACUUCUGGAGUACGUCAGGGCAUUUCCUCUGGACCGAUUACCUCAUCUCAACCAGGACAUGGUGAUUGUCAAAACGGGACAGAGGUUUGUGUGCCCUAAUCCUAUGUGUGGUAUAAAUUUUUGAAACAGCGGUAUUGAGCUGGAGAAGUGUUUAAACAACAAAUCUAGCACUUGAAUGCUUUGAUACCUUGAGACUAAACUAAAUAAAUAUUAACCUUGAUGGGUAUCAGAUCUUAGGACAGCGCACGGUACGAUUAUGCAGAAACAAAUAUCCAUGGUGAAGAAUUAAAUAUUUUAAAUAAAUAUAUAGAUUAGAUAAAGAACUUUUUUUAUAUAAUCGAGUUGCUGAUCUUUCUUUGUCUUUUUAUUAACACCAUCUGCUCCCUGACUUGGCAGUAUUUAUGUUCUUCAGAUCUAAGUGGAUGUAAUGCCAUGCAAGUUUAUUUCUGUCUGGCUGCAUAUAUGGCUACGGUGAUGGGGAGUUAUGGGGCAGAAGGAAGGAUAUCCUACGCCAGUUCCACUAAUAUUGUACUUCACAGUCCCCUCACAGGGGAAAAACCUGGAAAAUGCUCCCCCACAGUGUCGUCUUUGAAGACUCAUCCCCUCUAUACUCUGUUCACCACCUGUCAGUUUCUUUGCAGUCCAUUUACCAAUGGCUUGUCACUGUCAGAGAUGUCUUACCCCCUCGUCAAGUGCUUACAUCAGUGAGAAGCUACAUAGAUUAGGUAGACUCCAUAUUCGGGCUGCACUAAGUUAACAGAAGGCAGCUUGUCAUCUACUCUGUUUGCUGUUUUAAAAUAAGAAGGGGAGAUGGGUGGUUUGCAAAGAAAUAACCCAGGCUUCUCUUCCAAUUGUUAUCCAGCAGCGUCUGGUAGCAAAUACAAAAUUAGGUGAUGACAGGGCUGUGCUCAGCUUGAUGACUCCUGCAGUUGAGUAGCCAAUCGCUUGCUGCUCAAACACACUUGAGCAAUGGUACAGCUACAGAACAACAUUAUUACCCUUGCUGAUUCAGUACCUGGGAAAUCCAUAUUCUUGAUGUGUAUUUUUCUUUCUCAUUCAUUUCUUUCCUCCCUUUCUCAUUCAUAGUGUCUCUCUCUCUCCUUCCCUUUCAACACCAGCCCCCAUCCACCAUCACCAAACACCAGUCCUUCUACCUUUCCCUUGCACCCUCCUUCAGAAUGUAGGACACAAUUUCCCAAAGGGUUACUUUGGCAUUACACUACCACUCUUACAGACUAGGAAUAUCUCUGGUUUGACCUGCAGCCUGUUCCAAGAUCUUGGACAUGCAUGCCUGCAGAUCAGUGAAACUCAAUGACCCCUAUCUGAGGGAGAGAAAGAGGUGGAAUAAUUAUGCCAGCUAGGGCUCAUGCACUCGCCCUGUUGUCCCCAGCAAGAUAUCUGUUUGGUGAGAACGGGACUGGGCUGUGUAAGAUCUUCAGACCGACACUAACCAUCUAGACAGCCACUUGUAUGAUGUGCUGGCAAUGCGUAACAGCAACUGCCCCUAUCUUUAGGCAAUGAAGAGAUGGAGACUCUUGGAAAGGAACACACCAUCCUCCAAAUGAAAAGAAAAAUGGAGGAGAUGAAGAAAAGAUUUCUCCUCUGACUUUCUAAGAGUGAACGUAUGUUCAUCACAAACAAGAAACUGGAUGGACAGUUGCGAGCGCUCACUGAUUUCUAAAUUCACCCUUCCCAGUAUUUUGGGUGAUUAAUUUUUACAGUUCAUAGAAACCAAGACAGUAACUACUACAAUAAAUUAAUUUUUCCACUGUAUGCAGCUCUUGUGUAUAUCGUUGUCAACUAGAUAUAUUCAUUUUCAUUUCUCCAAAUCUACUUUUUGUACAGACAAUUCAAAGUAUUUUUAAUAAGAUAAUGUUUUAAUAUGUACUCUCAUCAUGUAUUGGUGCACCAGUUUCUGUGUAAUUGUUUCCUUGAGAAUCAAUGUAAUUGCAGGUUUGUUAACACGUAUGGUGUUAUAGCAUCACUGUACUUUUUGGAAUAGUUUAUUAGAUGUUUAGAUGUUUUGAGAUGUAAAGGAUUUCUCACUUCAGUGAUCAAACAUCACUGUGAAAUGGGGAAAGCUCAGUUUGUAAAUAUGGAUCUUUGUAAACAGAGCCUGCCUGUCGCUGUGUUUUUAGCUUUCUAUUAUGUUUGGAGUAACUUUGGUUUUUUUCUAUAUAUCAGGGAAUUUUUAAAUAAAUUCAUAAAUGUAAGCUUUUAA